GGGUACUUAGAACCGUUUAAAACAACUAAUUACAACCCGUUAAGCCGUCAUGUUGAGAUUUGCGUUCAAUCGUGUGGCCUCUGCCAACAUGUCCGUCAAAUCCUGUGCCGAUUUGGCCGCCAGAAGAUCCUUUUCUUCAUCGAUGGUUGUGCCAGCUGCAGCACCAGCAAAGCCUGUAAAGAAGAAGAUUAGACAAGGUUACACCAGAAACACCAACGCUUCUGGUAAGGCCAAGAAGGGUGGUAUGACUGAUAUGAAGUUCAGAGACGCUGUCCGUGGUCUUGGAUAUGAGAAAUAUGCCCCUUCAUUGAGCAACCUUCAUUUGGAAACUCUUAAUGAAAAGGCUGUUGGUACCAACAAGGUGACUAAAUUCUCUUCCAAAUCACUUGCUAAGCUUGUAUCUUUGGAAACUUUCAAGAAGUUCCAACACGUGGAAAUGUUCAGUGAACCAGUUUCCUUGGUUACCCAAAACACUCACAACAUUCAUGCCAACUUUUUAUCUAAAUUGAAUGAUGCUAAGCUGCCUAGACUUUGUCUUUUGGGUGAAAAGGGUUCCGGUAAGUCCACUCUUAUUGCCCAAACCAUGGCCUUGGCCUUGGAACAACAUAACCACAACAUUGUUCUCUUGCACAUAGACCACCCAGAACAAAUUGUUAAUGGUACCAGUGAUUAUAUCUUCAAUUCUAAGACUAAGCAAUACCAACAACCAAUGUUCACCAAGAGAUGGAUCGAAAAGGUCCGUGACGCUAACAAGGACGUUUUCCAACAAUUGAAGUUGUCCAGAGACGUUUCCUUUGUCACUGACAAGAAGGAACAUCAGUUGAAGAAGGAUGAAAACACCGUCUACGACUUUGUCGCUAACAACGCAGACUUUGCUAAGCAAGGUUCCUCUGGUGCCCUUCAAUUUUUGAUUGAAGAACUUCAACACCAUUCUAAGACUACCCCAGUAUUAGUUUCUAUCGACAACUUUACUGGUCUUAUCAAUGACCCAGUUUCUAAAUAUCGUCAUCCAGACUUCACUCCUAUCCAUUUUACUGACUUUGAAAUGGGUUCCUUUGCUUUGAAGGUUGCCAAUGGAGAAAUUGAAUUUGCCAAGGGUGGUGUUUUACUUUCUCUGUCCUCAGACAACAGAAACGCUCACACUUUGAAUGUGGCUCUUGGUCUUGAACAAUAUGACCCAUACUACAAGAACGAACAAUGUGAUGUAGAAGUAGUGGAAGCCUUAUUGAAGAAUGGUGGCAUUGCUAACUACUCAUUGACCAACUUAUCCAAAGACCAAGCAAGAGAAUUGUUAACCUUUUGGGAAUCAGCUGGUGUUUUACAAUUGAGAGAUUACGUUAGAAAGGAAAAGAAGUUUCAAAUGUCCGAAUUGGCUAGCCAAAGUAACGUUCCUCAAGUUCAUGUGGAAGCUGAAGAAUUAUUUGAAAAGACUGUACAAAACUACUUUACCCUUUCAUCUGGAAAUGUUGGAGGAUUGGUUAAGGCCGCAAACUUUUUGUAUUAGCAUGUAAAUAGAUAUAAUAUAAGAAAAAU